UUGUAACGGCGUGAUUAGCUGUCGUUUUGCUAUAUAUAUCCCCUCCUCUGCCUCACUCUCCUUUAUUCAACGUUGGAUCAGUUUUUCAAGUUUCAACACCUUUAUUUUCCCUCUCUCUCUCUCUCUCUCUCUCUCUCUCUCUCUCUCUCUCUCUUUUUCUUGAGUGAACAUUUUAAUGGUUGCGUAAAUUUGAAGGCUGGUAUAAUAGAGUGUGUGUUUUCUUGGAACUGAUUCGUUGAUUUGAUCUCAUCACCAUUUGUCGGAAAUCUCUCUCGAAAUGGGAAAGAAAGAUCAUCAUCUGCAGCAGAGAGAUCAGCAGAGCAAAGACGACUCAAGGGUUGAAGCUGUUCUUCAGCUUCUAAGAAAACAAGCCCCACUUUCAGUCAAACAGGAGAAGUUUUGCAACACUGCUUGUGUUGAGAGGUUUCUGAAGGCAAAAGGAGACAGUGUUAAGAAGGCAGCCAAGCAACUGAGGGCCUGUCUUUCUUGGAGACAAAGCAUUGGCACUGAGAACUUGAUAGCAGACGAGUUCUCAGCUGAACUUGCAGAAGGGGUUGCCUACGUGUCCGGGCAUGAUGAAGAAUCCAGACCCGUUCUGAUUUUCCGGAUCAAGCAGGACUACCAGAAGUUCCAUUCACAAAAACUGUUCACUCGCUUAUUGGUUUUCACGCUGGAGGUGGCCAUUGAGAGCAUGCCCAAAAAUGUUGAGCAGUUCGUUCUCCUUUUCGACGCAAGCUUUUUCAGAUCAGCUUCGGCUUUUAUGAACUUGUUGCUGGCAGCACUGAAAAUUGUGGCAGAGUACUACCCAGGACGGCUGUUCAAGGCCUUUGUAAUUGACCCUCCCACUAUGUUCUCUUAUCUCUGGAAGGGCGUACGACCCUUUUUGGAGCUUUCUACGGCUACGAUGGUGGUGUCAUCACUAGACUUUGAGGAGUCGUUGGAUUUCAACGACUUCUCAAACUACCCGCGAGCCUCGUCCCUACGAUUCGACCCCGCGUCAAUCAAAUCAACGGCCAAAAUCGGCUCCUGCUCGUCCUCGCGUUUCUCCUUCACUGUUUCUCACCACCAGUUCGACUCUCUCAAGCCUUGGUACCUCAGCCUUACCGACACGUCAGCAUCCAAAGUAGGGCCCACCGGUCACUCCCCUCUGGGACCCUCACUCAUCUCUCCGCUAAACGCUCGGUCGUUCUCCUUUGCAUCCCCAGCCGCGAGAACGCCACGUGGAACCAUCCACGGCUACGGCAACUCGGCGGCCACGAGGAAGAGCUUGUUCCCGUCGACCCCACUGCCCCAACGGUGCACCAGCAGCGAGGCGAGCAGAACCCCUCGCCACCCGCGGACCCCACGGCCGUCGUUCCUCCAGUCACCGGCCAUGUUCUUCCGCAGCAGCACUAGCAAGGAGUGCCACGUGAGCAAGACGGAGAAGUCUCGGGAGUCGUUCGUCCCGUUUUUGAAGUUCUACAGGAGGCCGUACGACGAGAUGAUUUACAGGUCAAAGAUGCGGCCCCCACUGGGCGGGCUCAUCUCCAUCGUCUCUCCCCACCUGAGACGCCGCCACGUGUCAGUAUCGCAACGGUUCUAAACUCAAAAACCCUCCUCCUCGUCCUCCUCCUCCAGAAAAGCGAAGUACAUAGGUUACUAUUAAAUUAACAAAAUGAGUCCUUGACUUGAGUACUAAUAAUUGAUUAAUUAUUUUUCCAAAGUCCAACUCUCCUCGUGCAGUAAUUAAUUAUCGAAGACCAAGAAAUUAAGAAGAAAUUUUUGU